AUGCAGAAGAGUGUUCGGUACAAUGAGGGACACGCUCUGUAUCUCGCCGUGGUUGCGCGCAAAGAGGGUACGAAGCGAGGCUACCUCAGCAAAAAGACAACAGAGAACAGCCGAUGGCACGAAAAAUAUUUCGCUCUUUAUCAAAACGUCUUAUUCUAUUUUGACUCCGAUCAGAGCACUCGACCGUCUGGGAUUUACCUUCUUGAAGGAUGCACAUGCGAAAGGGUGCCAGCGCCAAAAGUGUCAACAGUGGGCAAAGAGACGCUCGAUAAGCAGCAUUAUUUCCUCAUUGUGUUCGGACACGAUGGCCAAAAACCUUUGGAGCUACGAACGGAAGAGGAGACGGAGUGUGACGAGUGGGUGGACGCCAUCCAGCAGGCUAGCUACUCUGACAUCAUCAUCGAGCGUGAGGUCCUCAUGCAGAAGUACAUUCAUCUGGUGCAGAUUGUGGAAACGGAAAAGGUGGCAGCCAAUCAGCUGAGGACGCAACUGGAGGACCAGGACACAGAGAUUGAGCGGCUAAAAGCUGAGAUCAUCGCCCUGAACAAAACUAAGGAGAGAAUGCGGCCUUACCAAGUCAACCAAGAGGAGGAGGACCCUGACAUCAAAAAAAUCAAAAAGGUGCAGAGUUUCAUGCGGGGUUGGCUGUGCCGUCGUAAAUGGAAGAUUAUCGUUCAGGAUUACAUCUGCUCGCCACAUGCUGAAAGUAUGAGAAAAAGGAACCAGAUCGUUUUCAACAUGGUCGAGGCCGAGACGGAAUACGUCCACCAGCUCUCCAUUCUGGUCAACUGCUUCCUCCGACCGCUGCGUAUGGCGGCUAGCUCCAAAAAGCCUCCCAUUAGCCACGAUGACGUCAGUAGCAUCUUCCUCAACAGUGAAACAAUCAUGUUUUUACACGAAAUAUUCCAUCAAGGUUUGAAGGCAAGGAUCGCAAAUUGGCCCACGCUGGUUUUAGCCGAUCUCUUUGAUAUCUUGUUGCCGAUGCUGAACAUCUAUCAGGAAUUUGUGCGGAACCAUCAGUAUAGCCUGCAGGUCCUGGCCAACUGUAAACAGAACCGGGACUUUGACAAGCUGCUGAAACAGUACGAGUCCAACGCAGCCUGUGAGGGGAGAAUGCUGGAAACCUUUCUCACAUAUCCUAUGUUCCAGAUCCCCAGGUACAUUAUCACCCUCCACGAGCUCCUGGCCCAUACACCCCAUGAACAUGUAGAACGUAAAAGUCUGGAGUUUGCCAAGUCCAAGUUAGAGGAGCUCUCCAGGGUCAUGCACGAUGAGGUAAGCGAUACAGAGAACAUCCGCAAGAACCUGGCCAUCGAGCGCAUGAUAGUGGAAGGCUGCGACAUUCUUCUGGACACCAGCCAGACGUUUGUGCGACAAGGCUCUUUGAUCCAGUUGCCCUCGGUGGAGCGAGGGAAGCUCAGUAAGGUACGACUGGGUUCUCUGUCCUUGAAGAAGGAAGGAGAGAGGCAGUGCUUCCUCUUCACAAAGCACUUCCUUAUCUGCACACGCAGCUCCGGGGGUAAGCUGCACCUACUCAAGCAAGGCGGUGUGCUGUCAUUGAUCGAGUGCACGCUCAUCGAGGAACCAGACGCCAGUGAUGAGGAUUCUAAAAACACUGGACAAGUCUUUGGUCACUUGGACUUUAAGAUUGUGGUGGAACCUGCGGAUGCACCUGCGUUCACAGUGGUUCUGCUUGCCCCCUCACGCCAGGAGAAAGCAGCUUGGACCAGUGACAUCAGCCAGUGCAUUGAUAACAUCCGCUGUAACGGUUUGAUGACCAGUGUGUUCGAGGAGAACUCCAAAGUGACCGUGCCUCACAUGAUUAAAUCCGAUGCACGUCUCCAUAAAGAUGAUGUUGACAUUUGCUUCAGCAAGACGCUCAACUCCUGCAAGGUUCCCCAGAUCCGCUACGCCAGCGUGGAGAGGCUGCUGGAGAGGCUGACCGACCUGCGCUUCCUGUCCAUCGACUUCCUCAACACUUUUCUGCACACUUACCGCAUCUUCACCACCGCUGCCGUGGUGAUGGACAAGCUGACGGACAUCUACAAGAAACCCUUCACCUCCAUCCCCAUCAGGUCUCUGGAGCUCUUCUUUGCCACCAAUCAGAACAACCGUGGUGGCGAGCAUCCGAAUGACAAAUCUCCACGCCUCUGUCGCAAGUUCUCCUCCCCUCCUCCUCUCUCUAUCCCAUCUCGAACCUCCUCGCCCGUCCGCCCUCGCAAGUUCUCCCUCAACUCCCCCAUCACCUCAACUCCGAGGGUGGGAGCUCUGGAUCUCUCUGCUCCCAGUACCCCCAGCGCUACCGCCAGUACCGCAAACUCCAUCUCCUCGGCUGCCAGCAGCCCCACGUUCACCUGCCAGCCCAGCACCACUUCUCCCCCGCCAGCAGGGGGCAGCAGCGCGACGAAGCCCCCGCUGGACCUGAGCCGGACGCCCUCAUCCCCCGAGCAGAGCCCCGGGCCCGGAGAGGAUGGCGCGGAGAUACCUCGCAUCGACGCUCUCUGUGGGAAGCUACGUCGCAGCAUCAGGAGGGCUGUCCUGGAGUCCGCCUCAUUGGACAAGUUCAUCCCAGAGAGUCCCCAGUCCAGCGAAUCAGGCGAGGCCUCUCCGUGUCGCUCCCCCUCUACACCAAGACACCUACGCUAUCGCCAGUCGGGAGUCCAGUCGGCAGAGAACUCACGUUGCUCUGUUUCUCCAGCCUCAGCGUUCGCUAUCGCCACGGCAGCAGCUGGACACAGCAGCCCCCCAGUUUUCAACAACUCAGAGAGGACCUGCGACAAAGAGUUCAUCAUACGAAGGGCAGCGACGAACCGGGUCCUCAACGUCUUACGCCACUGGGUUUCCAAACACUCACAGGACUUUGAGAUGAAUGGAGAGCUGAAGCUGUGUGUGAUCUGUCUUCUGGAGGAAGUUUUGAGAGACCCAGAUCUGCUCCCUCAGGAAAGAAAAGCCACAGCGAACAUACUGAAUGCCCUCUCACAAGACGACCAAGAAGACGCUCAGUUGAAGAUUGAGGACAUUCUGCAAAUGGCUGAAUGUCCUAAAGCAGAGUGCUUUGAGUCACUGUCAGCGAUGGAGCUCGCUGAACAGAUCACUCUCCUAGACCACAUAGUCUUCAGGAGCAUCCCCUAUGAGGAGUUUCUGGGUCAAGGCUGGAUGAAGGCAGACAAGACUGAGCGGACUCCCUACAUCAUGAAGACCAGCCAGCACUUCAACGACAUGAGUAACUUGGUGGCUUCUCAGAUCAUGACCCACACGGAUGUGGGCUCCAGAGCCAGCUCCAUUGAGAAAUGGGUGGCUGUGGCCGAUAUUUGCCGUUGCCUGAAUAACUACAAUGGCGUGUUGGAGAUCACUUCGGCCCUGAACCGCAGUGCCAUCUACAGGCUGAAGAAGACAUGGGCCAAAGUCUGCAAACAGACGAAAGCUCUGAUGGACAAGCUACAGAAGACUGUGUCCUCUGAAGGAAGAUUCAAGAACCUGAGGGAAACUUUGAAAAACUGUAACCCUCCGUGUGUCCCGUAUCUGGGCAUGUAUCUAACCGACUUGGCAUUUAUUGAAGAGGGAACUCCAAACUUUACUGAAGAAGGACUAGUCAACUUCUCCAAGAUGAGAAUGAUAUCUCAUAUCAUCCGAGAGAUCCGACAAUUCCAGCAGACUCCCUACAGGAUAGAACACCAACCAAAGGUAACGCAGUACCUGCUGGAUAAAACUCUCAUUAUGGAUGAGGAUACCCUGUACGAUCUGUCCCUCAAGAUCGAACCCAGGCUCCCGGCUUGA